AUGGUCAUUUUAUUGAAAAAGAAUAAACACACGAUAAAUGCUGUAAUGUUUUAUGUGGCAGAGGCCAAAAUCCGAUCUCAUAUGCCUUUUGGUAUGCCACUUGUAAAAGAGCUUUCUUUCAUUUUAGUAACUCCUCUUGAUAUUAUCAAAAGUCGACUUCAAGUGCAAAGCAAUGCAGUCCCCAGAGGAAGGUGUUUUGUAUAUGAAAAUGGCCUUAUGGAUCGUAUAUGCGUUUGUGAGAAUGGGUACAGCCAAGCAUGGUAUAAGAAACCUGGUCGUCUCAAAGGGACAAUGGAUGCAUUUCUGAAAAUUAUUCAAAGAGAGGGAGUAAAAUCACUGUGGAGUAGACUUCCCCCGACAUUAAUAACGGCACUUCCUACCACAGUAAUCUAUUUUACCUGCUAUGACCAAUUGAGUGAAGCUCUGAAAUCUAGACUGAGAAAGGAAGAUGAACGCAUUCCAGUUCUUGCAGGUUCCUUAAGCAGAGUUGGUUCCAUUACUGCAGUGAGCCCCCUGGAGUUGAUCAGAACUAGAAUACAGUAUCACAAGUUGUCCUACAAGCAACUAUGCAUCAGCAAUGAAGUGGCUACAAAUGGAUGGCUUUCUCUGUGGAGAGGCUGGACUUCUACUAUUCUCUGCGUAUAUGAAGUGACAUGGAAAGGCCCUGGCUCAUUUGAAAAAAAAAAUGGGAUUUCUGGAUUAUUUGCUGGUAUUACUCCACGGCUGUGUGGAGUUGCUCCUGCUUCUGAGAUAAUGAUCAGCACAUAUGAAUAUGGAAAGUCCGUCUUUUCUCAUGUAAAUGAAAAAAUAAAUCAAUGUCCUUAGUU